AAAGAUCCACGUUAAUAGAGGACAAUAAAAGAUAGCUAUCCAACACGUACUCUGGGGACUCAAGAGUUUAGGGCGUCGAAUUGAUUAAUAAGUAAACGAAGCUAUUAGUCUACACCUUUUCUCUUAUUUUAGGGGCACUUGUAGAGGAGUCUUGCUUGCAGCGGCUCACACACUAAGAAUGGGCGUGAGUUGUCCCUCGAAAGGAGAGCCUAGAGACCCCUGCUUUCGUUUUUCUCUCUCUUCCAACGAUCAGAGGAUCUCACUUCUGCCUGUGAAAGACAGCGAACACAAGAGCGGGAUGGAGAGCACAGGAAUGACAAAUAUAGCAGUGUAAAUCAUCUCCCAAAAUCUAAGACGCACAGGAGGGAGGGGAGCCUAAGUGCGUCUGUGUCAAAGAGCGAGGGAGCAUCGCAGACAGAGGAAGAGAGAAAGGAAGAGAGAGGAAAAGGGGGAACGAGCCUGAACCAGGUGAUCAAUAAACCUCCAAGGGGUUGCCAGGGUUGUCUCAUUGUACGCUGGAUCCAGUGAUCCAACUAUGGUGCCAUCGCGCUGCCCGGGACCCUGUGCCAUCCUGGCACUGGCUUUCUUCUUGGGAUGUGGCGUGGUCCUGUGCUCCGGCCAGAACGACACGGAGCCCAUAGUGCUGGAGGGAAAGUGUCUAGUGGUGUGUGACUCGAACCCUUCCUCGGAUGGAGCGGUGACCUCCUCACUUGGCAUAUCCGUCCGCUCCGCAGGGGCGAAAGUGGCUUUUUCCGCCGUACGCGGGACUAAUCAUGAGCCGUCUGAAAUGAGCAACACGUCAAUGACCAUCUAUUUUGAUCAGGUUUUAGUCAACAUCGGCAAUCAUUUCGACCUAAAAGCGAGUGUUUUCCAGGCUCCAAGAAGGGGGAUUUAUAGUUUCAGCUUUCACGUUGUGAAGGUCUACAACAGACAAACUAUACAGGUCAACCUAAUGCAAAACGACUAUCCCGUUAUAUCCGCUUUCGCGGGUGACCAGGACGUUACAAGGGAGGCCGCCAGCAACGGCGUGCUGCUGAUGGUGGAACGUGAGGACCGGGUGUACUUAAAGCUGGAGCGGGGCACCCUUAUGGGCGGAUGGAAAUACUCAACCUUCUCAGGCUUUCUAGUCUUUCCUCUAUAAUCCCAUCAUCGAGGAUCGGGACUACGCUUAAGUUAAGGAACAACAAGAAAAAAGUAUAUUCAAAAACAUGCCAUUUAUUUUGCAAACUGUCAGCCAAGGAAGCCGACGAAUAUCUGUACACUCCGUCUAACACUAUAGUCAACUCUCAACGUUUCCUUGGAGUUUCAUAUAUUCAAACCUAUCGACUUUUACGCAAUCUGGAUGACUAAAAUGUAUCGAUCGGGCCAGUGAGUGGCAUGUGCUUGUCGACUGUGUGGAUUUUUUCCCCUCAUUGCCUGGAGACCAAACUUUUUAGCAACGUGGAAGACGAUGAUGUGGAGAAAAAAACCCUGACUGUGUUAUGCUUUAUUUCUGUUUGUAUAGCCUUAAAGAAUAAAUGGUGAGGUAUCUACGGACAGCCAGGAAGAGAGAAACGUAUCCACGCCCAGAGGCUUUUUUCUCUUUUUCUUUUCUUCUUUCUUUCUUCCUUUUUUUUUUCUUUUGCACGAAUGGAAGUUUCCACUUUUUUAUGUUUUUUGUUGUGCUGUCUAUGGUGUUGCGUCUGAAUGCUCAACGUAUUGAAAAUAAGCCAAACUGUGGGCCGCUUAUGAGUUUAUUACAUGAGAGAAAGAGGGAACAUUGCAGACAGAAAGAUAUUACAGUAAAGGCGACAUAUUCAAGCCUCAAGAGAUGACUUACAACCCUUUUAUUUAAGAACAACAAUAAUAAUUUAAACAAGAAAAUAGAUAUCUAAUUUAUGAAGUACAUAUUCACAGUACUAUGUGUUCUACAUUUUGGAAUUUGCGUAGCUUUGACUGAUUUUAAUGUUCAGUGACUUUGCUCACUUAAUGUACAUUGUGGAAAAAACUAGAAGAAUCCCUAUAUAUAUAUAUAUAUAUAUAUAUAUGUCCCGCUUAAUAAAUGAUAUUGUAUUGUAUAGGCUGAUUCAUCGUUGUUAUUUAAAGAAGCAACUUGAAGUGAAAGAAGGAAUGCAUACUUUAAAAGGGAAGGCCUUGAAGGGAAACCAGGCAUGUCGCUGUCUGUGGUGCUGAAGAUUGAAACUCGCACAACAGCUGUUAAUUUGAGAAGAAUGAAUGCACCUUGCUGAAGAUCUUUAGUUAAAUUUUGAUAUUUAAAUAACUGUGUUUCUUUUAUGCUAAGGAGCUUUAGUUUUGGUGCUUAAAAAAUGCAUGCUUUUGUCUGUAUAAUACAUUUUGCAGCACACUAUAGAGACUGCUGCACCCAUUGAACUCCACAAGGUAAAGUGCAGGAAAAUCACCUUUAAGUGAGAAACUGAUAGCAUAAAGCUUUACCCUUCCUUAAAAAGUUGUGUCUUUACUAUAAAAAUGAUCAGUUGUCUUGCAAAUAAACAGCUGUUUAUAUUUUAACCGGUU